AUGCUCGGGGAAAUGUGCGAGCACUGAGCCCCUGGAAACGGCAUCGUUUUUCUUUUCUUGCUUGCGCUUCAACUGUGGCGUUAGAUCCGAUCCUCCACCGGCGAUCUCACCUGACCUCCUCCAUUUCUCCACGCUUCACUCCCCCUGCAAUAGCGUCUCCCGUUUGAAUCGACGAAGUCUUGCAUAAUUGAUAAAUCCUCUUGGUUUUGUAGCUCUGCUUCUCCACACUUUGGCUAUAGAAUUACUAGCAGUUGGUUCAUGGCUGUCAAAGUGCUGGACACGGAGGAAAUUUGCAGAAACUAGCAGCCAGUGGCAACAAGUAAAGGUGAUAUUGGUGGAAUUAUGGAAAGUCAUGAAGGAGAUUCUCUUAAGCCUGAGGAGCAGUUCUCAUACAGGAAUCAUCACAAUCAUGGAAGCUAUGGAAAUCUUGUUUUAGAAAAUGGCUUAUCUGAUGACCACCGUUGCCAAGUUGAUCCCAAUGAUCAGCUUCUACAAAUGGCUUUUGAACUUAGAUUUCAGAAUGAUUUUUUGAAGUCUCAGUUUGAGGGCUUUAACAUUCUAAACAGUGUACAUAGCGACUCUAGUCUGGGGAAUAAAGUUAGUGGCCUGGCAGAAGAUGAAUCUGAUAUCAUUGAAGAAUUGCAGGGAAAGAUGCAAGCAUUAAAUAAAGAACUUCUAGAUGAAAAACAAACGAGAGGUGCAGCCGAAGACACUCUAAAGCAUCUUCAAUUGGCAUACUCAGAGGCAGAUACAAAAACUCAAGAGUUGUCUGAAAAGCUUGCUGAAGCUGAAAAGAAGUUGGAUCAAGAAAUAAAAGAGCGUGAAGAAAAGUAUGCUGAACUUGAUACAAAAUUUAACAGGCUUCACAAACGAGCAAAACAGCGUAUUCAGGAGGUUCAGAAGGAAAAAGAUGAUCUUGAGUUCCAAUUGCGUGAGGUGAAUGAAAAGGCUGAGCAAGCAUCAGCCCAGCAAUUGUCAUUGCAGCAAGAGUUAGAGUGCACAAGGCAGCAAGCAAAUGAGGCAUUGAAGGCCGUGGAUGGGGAUAGACAGCAACUAAGAAGUGCAAAUAACAAACUUCGCGAUACCAUUGAGGAUUUGCGGCGUUCAUUGCUACCAAAAGAGAGUGCCCUUGAAGCAUUGCAACAGUCACUUGCAGAAAAGGAACAGAUGAUAGAAGAUUUGAGAGGUUUGCUUCAGGCAGCUGAUGAAAAGAGGCAAGCUGCACUGACUGAGCUUGCUGCUAAACAUCAAAAGAAUAUGGAGAGUUUGGAAGCUCAACUUAAUGAUGCUAUAUCUGAUAGAAAUAAAGCGGCUGAAACUAUUUCCUCCCUGCAGGUGCUAGUUGCAGAGAAAGAAUCUAAGAUUGCUGAGAUGGAGGCAGCAUCAACUGGGGAAGCUGCUAGACUUAGAGCAGCUGUUGAAACUGUGAAGGGAGAACUUUCUCACCUGAAACAGGAGCAUGAGAAAGAAAAGGAAAGUUGGGCGACUGCAGUUCAGAUACUUAAAGCAAAACUUGAAGUUGCAGAGAGCAACUGCAUACAUGCUGAAAUUGAAGUAGCAAAAAUGAGAAGUCAGCUGGAAUCUGAAGUAUCUGCACAAACCAGGAUUCUUAAUAUGAGAGAUGCAGAAUUGUUGUCUGCCAAGGAAGAGAUCAGCCAUCUCGAGAAUGAAUUUUCUUCCUACAAGGUUCGUGCUCACUCACUUCUUCAAAAGAAGGAUGCAGAACUGGCAGCAGCCAAAGACUCUGAUCAACUUAAAGCUCUUGAGGAAGCUUUGAAAGAGGCUGAAAGUGAAGUGUUAUCAAUGACAGAAGAAAGGGAUAGAGCUCUUCAAGAUCUUCAAGAUGCAGCAAAAAAUCAUGAGAAAGAGCUCACAGAAAGUGCAGAGCAGUCACGAUCUCUUAUAAUAUGUUUCAGAGACACAGCACUUAAAAAUGUCAUGGAGAAAAUAAGGGGCUUAGAAAUGAAACUUGAUUCUGCUAAUGCUCAGCACCUAAAAGAGAAAGAAGCAUGGGGACUCAGCCUUCAAAAUGUUGAAGAAACAUGGCGAAUUAAAUAUGACGCAAUGAAGGCUGAAACUGAAGGGUCUUUGGCACAUGAUAUAAAACUACAAAAGGAACUUGAAGAGAUCAAACAAAAGUACAAAAAAUUGAAGGAAGAGCAUGAUUCUUUUCGUGAUCUUGCUGAUAGAAUGAUUCAGGAGAAAGACAAUGAAAUAUCUAGACUUUUAGAUGAUAACAAUAAUCUUCAUCAGUCCCAGCAAUUUAGCUCAUUGGAGGAUCAAUAUGGUUAUUAUAGCACAGCCUUGCAUAAUGGUGGGGAUACACUGAACUUAAGCCCCCCAUCUGCAGAACAGCAAAUUCUGCUUCUGGCUAGACAACAAGCCCAAAGAGAGGAAGAGCUGGCACGAUCACAGCGGCAUAUCUUGGCACUUCAAGAAGAAAUUGAAGAACUUGAACGUGAAAAUCGUCUCCAUAGUCAACAGGAGGCAAUGUUGAAAGCGGAACUUCGUAGCAUGGAAAGAUCAAAAAAGAGGGAGGGAGUAGAUAUGACUUACUUGAAAAAUGUCAUUUUGAAGCUUCUUGAGACAGGUGAAGUGGAGGCACUAUUGCCGGUCAUUGCAAUGCUGCUUCAGUUUAGUCCAGAAGAGAUGCAGAAGUGUCAGCAAGCAUAUCGCAGUUCAACAGAAGUUCCGCCAAGUCCAGGAAGUGAUUCUUCGGGAUCUGGCCUAUCUCUUUUCUCACGAUUCUCAUUUUCAUAGGGCACAAGUGGGAAUGCUAGAGGUUUUUUUUGUUUUUUGUUUUUUUUGUUUUGUGGUUGCCCUGAGAAGGUCUGCUCCUGCCAUCCAGCGGCAGGAGUAUCAGUUUGCGUUACAAGCUGUUUCAGAGAAAGCAGGUUUGACUCAGUAAAUCGAUAUUGUAAAAUACGGCCAUCAUUUGUUUUAUAAAGAUUGGAAGCUGUGAAGGAAGACAUGGAGGAUAAUGUUAUACUACACAUAUCAGGACAAUGAAGAUGGAGGAAGAACCCGCGGAAGAAGCAACCUUUAGAAUUUAAUUUUCACCGUCGAGUCGAAAAGUAUAACGAGACAGUUUUGGUUUCUUUUUGUUGUAUUAAUCAUCAAUACGUCAAUACCAAAGGAAUGGGAGCUCUCCGUGUGACGUGUACGGGUACCCAUGCAAAUGUAAGAAAUCGUAUGAUUAUCUUGUUUUUAGUGGACAUGAAUUGUUAUUAUUUUGUUAAUUGAAGUAAAUAAUGUUUGCUGCGUUCUGAUU